GUGUAUUAUAUCUGGAGCGUCGAUGAUUGCGGGUUUGACGACGAAUAUACAAAACCCCGCUAAUGCUCAAAUUGAGCAGCAGCUACACGCCAACAGCGAAGAUAUCAGCUUGAGUUUGUCUCUGUUCGUUCUCAUUCAAGGCAAUUUUCCUAUCAUUUGGAGUGCGAUUAGCGAGAUAAAGGGCCGCAAGCUCGUGUACCUUUUCUCCAUCGCACUGUGUACACUUGGAUCUGCAAUCGUGGCCGUGUCGAGAACCAUUGGAUUGGUAAUUGGCAUGCGAAUUGUGCAAGGCGCAGGGUCAAGCGCAGUUUUCGCUAUCGGAGCUGCCACUCUGGCAGACAUAUACGAGCCACAUCAACGAGGUACAAUGAUGGGUAUCUACUAUUCUGCACCUCUCAUCGGUCCCUCACUGGGGCCAAUCUUUGGUGGUGCACUCACACAGGGCCUCGGCUGGCGGGCAGUUUUUUGGUUCUUAGUUAUCUGGGGAGGCAUAAUCUUUUUGGCAUUCUUUUUCUUAUUCAAGGACACCUUCCGGAAGGAGAGGAGUAUGACUUACCAGAACAUAUUGAAGAGGAAGCUGCGAGAGCAACAGUCGUCGGAAGCAAAGGAUAAGUCGAGCAAGAUUUCAGAGAAGGAAUCAGAAUUAGAUGGAGAAAACCAGACGAGUUCGAAAGACAUUGAAGCACAGCGGGCGGUUUUACCAGCAUCAGCCAUCAAAGAAGUGAAGCUGUCCAUUACCGAUGUUAACCCUUUCUCUCCAUACCUAUCAAUCAUCAGUCGCAAGAACAACCUAGCUAUCUUGAUAGCGUCAGGUUUAACAUUCGCUUUUGGCUUUAGUAUUCCAUAUACAUGCGCAAGAACAUUGUCGAUGUAUUAUAAUUACGAUGCUUUGAAGACUGGCCUUGUUUUACUUGCCUAUGGUAUUGGGACCGUAGCCGGUAGCAUAUUGGGCGGUCGUUGGUCCGAUCGGACACUUGCUCGGCUAAAGGCCGCGAACGGAGGUAUCAGCUUUCCAGAGAUGCGCCUCGAGAGUACGAAAGUCGCCAUGGUGUGGUUACCUCUGUCCGUGAUUGGAUACGCCUGGGUGUGCCAAGAACGAGUCAACGUCGCCGCUGUGUGUGUGAUGUUGUUCCUCGCUGGAUUUUUAUCCAUAUGGGUUUACGCGAGCACGCUGGCAUACAUUGUCGAUGCAAACAUUGGUCGCUCAUCGACGGCAGUAGCGACUAAUAGUUCUUUCCGCGGUCUGUUUGCUUUUGUCGCCGCUGAGAUUGCUGUUCCUUUACAAGAUACUAUUGGCGACCGGGGUCUGUAUACUCUCUGGGCAGGUCUACUCGUCGUCACUGAAUGCUUGAUUCUAUUGGUGUUGUACAAAGGCAGGAAGUGGAGAGAAGCCAGUGUUGAGCAGCAGAAGCAGAAGCUGGAUGCCAAGUAAGGUUGUACUUGCGAUCGAUCAUGGAGGAGGGCCUCCAUUAAUCACCGUCCUCGCUGAGGCGUGGUUCAACUUCCUAGA